CUUCUAGGGUCUUUUGUCUGUAAUUGUUUUAUUUUUACUCUUAUAUUAGUUACUUUUUACUCUAAUAACUUCCUUUCUAUAAAUUCAGUAUUCUAAGAAAUGUGAUAAAAAGUAUCCUUGUUCAAGAACAAAAUGGUGACAAAUUUUGAGCGAACAGUAGUCAAGAUAUUCCAAUAUGUUAGAAGCUGCUGUAGAAGAAAUACUGUACUCAAGAUUUUUGUUUUUGUCCUCAUCACUUCUAUCAUAUACCUAAAGAUGGCGUCCCUACCAGCAACAGUAUACAGGUAUUAUGGGAUAGACGGACCUAAUGUAGGUUUGACAACGACAAAUCCAAACGUUUUCACACUGAACGGCCUCAAUCUAACCAUUACCAGUGGGACGAUACAUUACUUCCGAGUGCAUCCGCACUACUGGCGAGACAGACUGCGGAAACUGCGUGCUUUGGGAGCUGUCGCUGUUGAAACAUAUGCCCCAUGGAACUUACACGAACCGUACAAAGAUGUAUAUGACUUUGGGGACGGAGGUUUUGAAAUGUCUCGGUUUCUUGAUGUUGUGAAAUUCAUCAACAUGGCCAAAGAAGAGGAUCUUCUUGUGAUAUUUCGUCCUGGUCCUUACAUUUGUGCCGAAUGGGAUUUUGGAGGGCUUCCGAGCUACUUGUUGGCUGAUGGAGCCAAGGUCAGAUCUACAGAUCCCAAGUUCCUCAGUCGUGUAGACAAGUACUUUGGACAGCUGCUGCCUCUAGUGACCCCUCUACAGAUGGCCAAUGGUGGACCAAUCAUCAUGUUUCAGGUAGAGAAUGAGUACGGAUCCCUUCGCAGCCCAGAGCAUCAGUACAUGGUGGAGCUGAAGAAGAUGAUGGAUAGAUACGGUGUGAAAGGUCUCUACUUCACUGCCGACUCCCCGGAGCCUUCUUUGGAAACCGGAGCGAUUCCGGAGCUCAAUGUGCUCCAGACGGCCAACUUUAAGAUGGAUCCUGAGCUACAGUUGGCGACCCUGAGGCAGCUCCAGCCUGACAAACCUAUCUUGGUCACAGAGUUCUGGACUGGGUGGUUUGACCAUUGGGACAAACCUGUUCAUGAAGUCUUCCCUGCUCUAGAAUACUUACAAAAACUGAAGACAAUUCUGGAGUACCCUGCCUCAGUAAACCUGUAUGUUUUCCACGGCGGCACCACGUUUGGUUUCCUAAACGGAGCGAACAAUGAUGACACGGAGGAAUCUUAUCAUCCUGAUACAUCCAGUUAUGACUAUGAUGCCUUGGUGACUGAAGCUGGUGACUACACACCUAAGUACUCCGCAACUCUGCAGAUGUUCCGCAACUUGCACCCCAACCUGUACCACCCUCCCCCUCCACCUGUACUACCUCGUACACUCUCCCUCUCUCUGUUGAUCACCCAGGAGUUACCUUGGACGCAGAUUGUUAAACAGCUGCCUGAACCACAAGGCGUUCUGAAGAACAGGAAGGACUUUAUUUUCAUGGAGGAUCUGCCAGCUGAUGAGAGGGGGUGGAAACAAAGCUAUGGAUACGUCAGAUACACCAGGGGGCUGAAAGUGACUCAGCCUAAAGCUAAACUCAGGCUGACUGGUAGAAUCAGAGACAUUGCCAUCGUGUUGGUGAAUGGAAAGAGACAAACCAUAAUCCUCAAUGAUGGCAUGGAGACUACACAGUUUGGAUUUUGGGCCUCUCAAGAGGAAGAGUUGGAGUUGUCAGUCGAUCCUGGGGACUACACACUGGAGAUCCUUGUGGAGAACUGUGGCAGGAUCAACUUCGUCAAGACGUUGGAGUGGUUGAUGCAGAAGAAAGGACUGGGACCUGACAACCAGAUGUCCCUCACAGGAGGAGAGUUCACAUCUGGUAUUGAUGUCACUGGGAUGCCGUUCCUGGCUGACUGGGUCACUAGCUUGCCGGGUUGGCAAGACCGUGUGACCGUGGGUGAGAAGGCAGCUCCCAGUUUAGUGAAGGCCUCUUUUGGUUUGAGUUCAGACAAGAUAUCGGACACAUUUCUGGAUGUACGAGGGUGGAAGCAGGGAGUUGUGUAUGUCAAUGGCUUCAACAUCGGACGAUACUUCGCCGGAGGACCACAACAGACGAUGUAUAUCCCAGCGCCUCUGCUCCGAGCGGGACAGAAUACGAUUAUCAUAUUCGAGCACUAUUUCAAUGCUCCAAUGAUACAGUUGGUCACCGAACCAUCGUUCCUCAAGCCAGCAAGUAGUCAAUAAAAAGCUUUCUGUGAGUCAAAAAAGUAUUGUAUAUUUUUGUAUAUUUUUAACGGUUGUAGAUAUAAUUUUGUUUUAAUAAAUUAGUUUUACAAUAGUUUUUAAUUAUUUAGCCUGUGAAACCCA